AUUUUGGACAUUCUAAACAAAGAAAAAUUCCUUCGUUAUGCUGUGAUGUCAUCAUCAGCAUUGUGCUUGUCGCGGGUUAUUUGAACAUUACUUACAUUAGUACGCACACUUGCUUAGAAAUAACAUCAAAGUCUCUCCAGCUGUACAGAAGUCGUUUUAUACACUCGCUCGUUUCUUCAUUCGCUGUCAGCACGAUAUGAGUGAAUUUGAGUCAGCACAGAUUACACAAGGUACACGUACGCCCAAGUGUACGAGGUGCCGAAAUCAUGGUGUGCUUUCUGAUCUCCGUGGUCAUAAACAUCAGUGUGUAUGGAGAGAUUGCUCGUGUUCAAAAUGUGAACUGGUUUCAGAAAGACAACGCAUCACUGCUGCUCGUAUUGCUCUCUACAGACAACUCAAAAUAGACGAACCAGUGAUGGCAAAUGGCUGCUCAUUGAGAACGAGCGAAGAAAGUCCGCAAGGGUCAAGCGAAGCGAGAGAAUUUCAGCAAUGGAAUUCAUACGACAGAUCAGGUACAAUAACUAUGCUUUUUUGUUGAAGUAAAAACACAAGUGUUCAUAGGUAUUAUCUUUUAGAACUGAAGUCAUGUGAGCGAUGUGCAUGAGCGAUAUAAUCACGUUCGCCGUUAACCAAGUGCUUUUACAUCAACUCAUAACAGCGGAAAUAUUUUCAUUUGAGUUGUUGAGGCACUGUUCAAAACGUGUCAUUAGGUGUUAGGGAUCAUCUUUUUAUAUGUCGCGUUUAAAUCUCAAAUUUGCCGCUAUAGUGGGAUUUGUUUAAUAGUGAAUGUUGUCUCCACAAUAGUAUGUCUAUAGGGCUAGGGGUAUUUUUUUAGGAAUAUAACGUUUUGUAACAUUUGUGCCUUCUCAGCAUGCCAUGGUAAUAUCUAGAUGGUACCACUGGCACUGUUAAAUUGUGAGCUAUUCUUAUCCCAGUGCUAAAUGGUAAUAAACUUUAUAUACUGUUUUUGGAAAAAGGAUUUCAACAGGCAAGUUUAUGUGGUUUUAGUUUUGCCGAAUUUUCUGCUAAACAAGAAAAAGGACAAACGGACUAUGCGCUUCAGUCCAGCUAUUUUUUUUUUCUAUUAUCGCGCAUUUAUCGCCGAUGCCGCGGUGCGCCCACGUGUUUAAAUGUCACACAGGCCGGGAGAGCUCUACCGCUGGCAACAAAAGGCAUAAGCACCAAGAUUCCAUGCAACCGCUCAAGUCAGAAUAUGUGUUUCGAGUUUGCGGCUCAGUCGGGUUGGCGAAGGCGACUGAUUUUGCUUUUCAGACUUUUUAGUUUCAAACUAGAGAUAAUUACCAUAUGAUAAACCUGUAAAACUAAUUGUAUUUCCACUAUCACGCUAGAACUGUCAGUUGGCGUGUAGCCGGCCAGGUAGAGACGAAAACAGCCAGCUGUGAAAGGAUAUACAACUACUUGGAAAAUAUACUAGCAGUCAAAGCAGACUGAUUUGGACAUUUCGAGCGAAGGCCUGUCGUCGGGAAGUUAGAAGAACGACGAAGUUCUGCUUUUCAGUUAGUUGUGUGUCCUUUCACACCGCAGCUGUUUGUUAUCACGCUAGGCUUAGUAAGGUUUCUCAGAUCACUUUUAUUCUCAAUGAUUUUCAAGACAAACUUGUAAAGUCAGAAACUUCCAGCAUAUCCAUAACUUUCGUAAGACUGCUAUUAAAUGUUGAAAUGCGGGUACAAUUGUAAGUCGUUCCUAUAUAUACGGUACCAUAAUCCGUACAGUGCAUAUUAACUGAUUAUUGAAAUACAUCAACAGACAGUUGGAUGAGCGGUAUGUGGUAAUCCCACUGCUUAAAUUAAGUCGUUCGAAUAAGGUACACAUCCAUUUGUGGAUAAGACAGUUCUGAUCAAAAUUUGGACCAGUAAAACUAUAAAUUCCUCUUGAAAUUUGUUUUGACUUGUAUUGUAUUCCAUAAAAAUAUUUUGCCUUUUUGUGUAAGAAUGUAAUCAUUUGACGAUAACAAGCUCAUUAAGCUAAUACUUUCGGCGCGUGCACUCUUUCAAACAAAGACUAUAUGAGUAAUUAGCGCACUUAUUUUGAACUUUUUUCUACUUGUAUACAUUUUUGUAUAAAAAUAUUUUAACGAUCGAGAAAGGAACAAUACCAAAUACAAAAAUAAUUAAAUAUAGUGGGCAUAUUAUGAACCAUAUGUUCCUAGGUGAGAAUUUGGUUUGGCAAAAGGAGUAAUGACCCAGUUCUUUACAAAACAAUUUUCUGUUAAACUCCACUGAAACAUCUGGUUGACUGAAGUUCAAAUAACUGAAUCGCAUGCAUGUCCGUGUCUGAACUAUGAAGUACAUAUAGUGGUAGUUUUCCUAGCUAGUCAAUUGAUAAUGGGAUUAAUUCUGACUUUUUUUCUGUGUUAGUGUAAUGUACUCAGGUGAAUAUGAUGCUUGCGAUGUUACUCUGAGUGUAUAUCCACACCGGGCAAGCUUAAAAAUUUGCCUGGCCACGGUGGGAAUCGAACCUACGACCUUUGUUGUUAGUUUUGCUAGAGUUUCCUUCCAAAUAUAGCUGUUCAAGAGUAGAACAGCAGUCACUUUGUGUACUUGGCCCUGCCAGUUCCUUUAGCGCAAAAAUUGUAUAAAAAACGAAGAUUCGUUUUCAAUAUGAUGUUCUUUCCACCAACUUAAAUAUAGCCUGCUCACAGACACCCUUCCGCAGGGUGACACCCUCAGGAAAAAUAAAAGCUGCUAAAUGGCAGGGGUCCUAGACACAGUCCUCCAAUUAAAGAUUACUGAAUUAUUAGCGACCAGAAUACAUGGUAUAAUUUCAUGAAGAGUGGUAACAUGUAAACGUUCCUCCAUGCAUACAUAUCUUGAGUACUAAAAGACUAAGCUUAUGCAGGUUUCUCGCAUAUUUUAAAGAAUUAUAUCUUGUUCGAUAGUAAAAAUCUUCUCUGCGAAAUAAGCCUUAAAUUAAGGACUGUCAAUCGAAGUUUUUCAAGCCUUAGAUUAAUUUAUAUAUACUGUAGUUUUCCUAUUGCAAGGAGAAAUUCCUAGUAACAUUUGGCUAAAUUAGGAUUGGGAUUUUUUUUUCAACUCUUUCAUGGGAACUCGCACCUGGGCGCUAUAAUAGGAUUAAGGAAUUGACGUCAUACACGUCACAAACAAUACCUUGGACACACAAACAGGAAGUUGUUUUCUGUGAGAAAAAAUUUGAUGAGUUCCGACGGAUUGGUACAAAUGAAAAUAAACAACACAAAACGACUGAACUUUUAAGUUAAAUUUAAGUUAAUUAAAUGUAUAUAUAUGGGAAAAUCUGAUAAUGUACAAGCAAAACAACACCAUACGUAUGACACCCUUCAUAACACGUUGCUUCUUUUGCAUUAGCGUUGCGUAGUUUUACUUUACCCAAUGUUAACUUCAAGAGAGAAAUGUUAGUGGAGUGUAUGUAAUCUUCAUUAAAUAUGUUUCUGAAUACUAGGGAACUUUCUACAUCUCAUUAUGUGAUAUGAACCAAAACCAGUGGCGAAGUUAACCAUAGCAACUGGUCAUGCUAUGCAUUUAAAUUAUUGUAUUAUUCAAAGUAUUUCAAACCCACAGAUAUCCAUUGUCUUUGUCUUUAAACUAAUUUGGUGCAGGUUUAUUAGCACAGCAUGACCAGUCGCUGUGGCUAGCUACGCCAGCCACUGACCCUGAACAGACUUAGCUUAGAAAGACGAAGACUAGUUUUCUAAACUGCAUAUUCGAAUUCAAUAUCUGCAUGUGCUAUGAAUUUACGACUAAACUGUUCCAUUGCCAAUAUUUUUCAGAACAAGAAAAGAGAAAAGCAGACAUGACAACUGAUCCAGAACAAUCAGAAACCAAGAGAGUUCGAAUUCCUAUUGAUAUUCCACUAAGCUGCAUAACAAACCCAAGCCCAACACCAUCGGACAUCGAGCUGCUCGCGAGAUUAUUUCCCAGUGAACAUCGCUUUCUUCUCGAGAUGAUUUUACAAGGUUGCUAUGGAAACAUACUCCACGCAAUUCAGGUGAUGACAAGAUCAUCAUCUACGUCAUCAGGCACCAGUCCCCCAGUCAUACCUAUGCAAGCCCCAGCAACAACCCUGCCAUCAACUACCAGUACCGAUUCUCCUUUACUAAAUCUUAGCGCAAGCCUUCUCAACAAUACUUAUCGUUACCUUUACCCGGGUUAUGUUCCCACAUCUCCAUACCUGCUUCCCGGAUCUCCGAGUAUGGGGUACUUUCGCCCAUACUUCCCAAAACUCGCUACCACUACCCCUAGCUCAAUGCAUUUAAACGGCAGUACUAGUAGCGAGUCAACAGUGAAUGGAGAUGUGCCCACACAAGCAACAUGCAACGACAAAGAGUACAACAGUUUAGAUAUGACGCCAUCACCUAGCCCAAAGAGAGAGGAAACGGAACAUAUAUGUAUCAAGUGUAACUUUAAACACAAGAAUAGCAAAGUCUGUGAACGAUGUGGACAACAAAGUAGCAUUACUGUCAAUAUGAACCAUGUAGAAAAUAUAUAACUAUAUAUAGCUAGUUCACCUGAUACAAAAGGUAUCAUGAACUAUUAACAUUUUUACUGUAUUUAUACAUAUUUUAACAUACUAAAUGUGAACCUGGGUUAAGUUGUUCAAAGACGGCUUCGCGUCCACAGUUAAUCUCUAGUUUGUUCACAUUGAAAAACUCAUGAACUGGUUUAUUUCCGUCAAAACUUUAUUAAAAAAAUUCAACAACAUGAGGACUUUAAUUUGUUUUGUGGUUUUUCAACAAUUAAUAAAGGAUUAUUGAAAUAAUAAAAGUAUUAUAACUGUCUUUUGAACAACUGGUCCCACAAGGUUCAUGCAUUCUGACAAUGUUCGGUGGUUGUAAAGAUACUUCUUAAUUUGCAUAUCUUAUAGACAUACUCCAUACGAGUUGUUUCCACAUCAGGGGAACCAAAGGCUGUCAACUUGUGGCGAUAAAUGUUGUAAACGUAGUUACUGCUCAACUAAAUAUUGCUUAGCUUCAUCGUUAACUUCAAACAUUGUUUAGCUUAAACAUUUUUUACUAUACUUAGAAUUUCUAUAUAUUGUAUUUAUAAUUAAUAGUUAAAUCUAUUAUAUUUAAUAUAGGCGUUUUUAUUGUAUUAGGGAGUGUUCAUUAUUUAUACCCGGGGUUGGUACCGAAGAGAAACUAAUCGAAAAGAGAAAAAAACAACCAUGCACCCUUUCGAUCAACCAUUUUCCCCCUACCCAACUAUUGCAUGACUUGGAUUUUUACCCAACCCAAUUUCAAAGUAUUUUACAUAUAUAUAUACAUUUUAUAUACUGUAUUUAUUAUUAUACAAGCUAGGCCACUAUAGUAUAAACAGUACUGUGCAUAUUUGGUGCACUAACUGAAUGUCAAAUAUAAUCAUUUGUACCUUCACAAGUUCAUAUUAUGUCCAAGCCUCCACGUUUCUGCAGUCCUACCAUAUCUCGUUG